AUGGACAAUUUUUGGAUAUGGUCAAAGAGACAAGUCAACUCCAUUGAUAUGUUCUCUAAGCCAAUAAGCCUUACUUUCCAAGGCAAGCAUAACUUUGCAUCUUUCUUUGGAGGAGUUGUUACUAUGGGACUGAUGGCAUUUUUAUUGAUAUACGGAAUAUUUCUGUCGAUUCAAAUGUUCACAAGAUCAGCUACAAACAAGUCGAAGAAUAGUAUUAAGAGAGAUCAAAUUUCAGUGUCUGAUUACUAUGACUUUGGGUAUGAUGACCUCUCAUUUGCUAUUUUGAUGGAAGAUGAAAUUAACUAUACUCCUUUUAUCGAUCCAACAUAUCUCAAUAUGUCUACAAUAUUAUUGGAAUAUUCUUUUGAUUUAACCACAGGGUAUUUUUCAAGGAAAGAAGUAGAAGAAAACAUGCAUGUGUGCAAUGAAAAUUUCCCUAAAGUUAACGAUGAAUUAACUGCAUUCAGACAAUUUUUUAUGAGCACCAGUUAUUGUCCGGUUCAGACUAAUUUCUCAGUUGGAGGAAGUAUCUUCUUUAACACUUAUAAAACUGUAAGAGUUAUUAUCAAGAAAUGAGUUAACGGAACUUCUGUAGUUUGAAAACCAAACACUGAAAUUGAAGCCAAAUUAAAAGAUUUGAGAGCAAACUUUAUGAUUAGUUCAAAAUAUUUUGAUUUCGAAGAUUAUGAUAAUCCUAUAAAGAGAGUGGUCGACGAUAAAUUUUCAUUUAGAUUAUCUUCAGGUCUCAAAAAGUUUAUUAGCUUGUAUGUCAAGAAGUCUACGAUUUCAUUAUCUGACAGUAUAUUGCCCUUUGGAGCAGAAAUACAGGAUUCAUUUUAUUCUAUUGAAGAUAAUCAAGAAGAUGCUCAAACAAGAGAAAUUGAUGACCAAAUUUUGAUUGAUUUUGAGAUCUCACAAGAUUCAAUAGUUGAUUCGUAUGAAAGAAGAGUUUACUCUAUUCUCGAUCUUUCUGGUCAACUCGGAGGUUUCUUUGAAGUACUCGCUAUAUUCGGUGGAGCUCUUGUUCACUAUUUCGCAUCACAAAUGUGUAGCUACUCGUUAUUCUCACAGUUGUAUUGACUUGAUGAAGCUGAUACUCACACUACAAAUGACAAAUCUCAGGUUGCUCCAAAGUCAUCAAAGAAGGAUAAAGGCACUAUCAUCACAAAAUUAAACGAGAAAGAGCAAACUCUCUUACAAACAAUUGAGUCCCGAAUCAACUCAAAACGAAGAUUCCAUUUUACAGCCAAAGACUAUUUCAAGACAUUGGUGCCAUGCUUCAAAACCAGAGCUCGCUCUGAAUUCACAGUUCUCAGCGACAAACUUGCAGAUGAGUGAGACCUGAUAUCUGUUGUGUGCUCGAUACGACAUCUCAAAACACUGAUGAAACUGACUUUGAGCGAACACCAAGCACUGAUGAUGGACUUUGACUGCAGAAGUAAUUACCUUCACAAAGGCUCCACUGACGACUUGUUUACCAAACCGAGUGAUUUUCCGUCAACUACACAAGAGCCCUCUAAAAAUGUCAAAACUAAAAUAUCUACACUAUUAAAGAAGUUACAGAACUUGGAUCAUGACAAGCUUGAGAAAGACGCUGGCAUCAUUCUUGGGAUCCCUCCAAAAUCUUGUCCACCAGUCGAUCAGAUUGAAGGUUCAACUCUAUUUUGUAGAAACAGGACUCUCGACCACAAGAAGGAAGAGUCGAUUGUGGGAUUUCUUGAAGAAGAUAAAGACAAUUCUGAGAAUCUGAAGCAAGAAGAAUUUUAUGAAGAUUCUGAAGAUUAGUAUUCUUGUGGGCGAAGUAAAUUAAAAGUUUGUUCCA